CGGGCCGCAACCGCUACUAUCGACUCUCGUGUCUUUACCUACAUCCUCCGCCUGCUCAUGAGUAUACGAUUAUCGUCCCCAGAGCAAUAUGAUGCUCUCAUAGACAAGUACGAUACUUGGAUGUUUGAUUGCGAUGGAGUGCUAUGGCACGGAGAUCGCCUGAUUGAUGGUGCUAUCGAUAUGCUGCACAUUCUCAGAAGUCGAAAAAAGACGAUACUGUUUGUAACUAACAACGCAAGCAAGUCCCGCAAGAGCUACAAGGGCAAAUUCGAUCAACUGGGCGUCGUAGCUUCUGUGGAUGAAAUAUUCGGAUCUGCCUAUGCGUCUGCCGUCUAUAUCUCAUCUGUGAUGAAGCUACCGAAAGAUAAGAAGGUAUAUGUGAUCGGUAUGUCAGGUAUCGAAGAAGAACUGCGAGAGGAAGGUGUAUCAUUCAUAGGCGGAACCGACCCCGCUGACUGUACAGUCGAACCGUUCUCCUUGGCAAACUUCACCCUCGAUCCCACCGUAGGCGCUGUGCUGUGUGGACUCGACGUUCAUGUCAACUAUACGAAGAUAUCGAAAGCAUUCCAGUACCUUACCCGGAACCCCGGCUGUCAAUUUCUAGUCACAAACGAAGAUAGUACAUAUCCCAGUGCCGAUGGGUUGUUGCCUGGAGCAGGCGCAAUCAGUGCACCUUUGCGCUUUGCUCUAGACAGAGAUCCAAUAAGUAUAGGCAAGCCUGCAACUACUAUGCUGGAUUGUAUCAAGGCCAAGGUAAAUUUCGAUCCCAAACGUACCAUCAUGGUGGGAGACCGCUUGAACACCGAUAUAUUAUUUGGACAGGGCGGAGGACUAUCGACAUUAUUGGUACUUACCGGUAUAACAUCAGAAAAGGACAUCACAGGUCCUAAUGCAUCUAGUAUUGUGCCAGACUACGUCACACAAUCCAUAGGUGACCUUCGUGCAGCCGGAAGCCCGUAGUUCUAGAGAUGAUAUCCAAUAGAAGAAGUAUAUCUGUAGAAUUUAGACUGGUAUAAAUGUCCGAAUAGGAGUAGCGGCAUCAAAUAGUUUUCUCUUUUGGAGGUUUUUGUGAAUUGAUAUGUUCCUGUGCAAGCCACUGCACUAAGCUGACGGCAAGAGCCAAGAACGAGCCUAGGAUGUGACCCAUUAUACCACCGAACAGCGGUGUCAAUGGCCAAGCCUGCCACGGCCGAUCCCAGUCGAGAGCAAUGGGAAUGGCACCAGACCAGCAUCCAAGCAUACUCCCGACAGCUGGAUAUACCAUAGCCCUUUCCAUAGGAUUCCGGGGUGAUAGCUCAGCAAACAAUCUGAUCCAUGUCAGCCUAUUUAUCAAAGCUUUCGUGUCUGGACCAAGUGAGGGGUACCCUAAAGUCAAUGUGGGCGUGAACACCGUCAGAAAGGAAACGAUGCAGGCCAGCAGGUAGGUGUGCAAAGAAUAGCUGAAUAUGGGGGCACCAAACAGAACGAUGAUGAUAUGGAAUAACAGUGAAACAAAAAGAGUGAACAGAAACGCUUCGCCAUAUUUAGAAAGCCUUUGUUUGUUGAAUUCCUGUCUCUGAAAUGUCUUCUCGAUCUCGGUUCCUUCAAAACUAUACUCGAAGCACCAGUGCCUCAUCCAUCCUCCCCACCAUCCCUGCAACACCGCCACUCCUGCACAUAUCCACGCAAGCGUUAAUACAGGGUUCGCUGUCAAUGCUUCCAAGAGUAUGUGUUGUGGCCGAUCGGUUACUUUCACCUCAAGGUCGAUGAAAAGGUAGGACGUUUGCGGGACAAAGAGGACGGUGAAGACCAGGAGGCUUGCGUGAACCCCUACAAUGGAUGUAUAGCGAGCGAGGGGAAAGAAACGGGCUUCAAGUUGAAGAGAUACAUCUUUUGAGUGUGGUACUGGUUGGCUGGCAGGAGCUUUUGCAAGUUUUGCUUUCCGGGCGGGCAUUCCUGGUCCCAGAGGUGACUAGAAUUGAUUUCUGGAUUUCCUCGUCGCAGUUCAUGUAGGGCCGGU